CACCAAACGUCUUGGAAGUCAUCACAUUUUCAAGUUGAAUUUCAUUGUGAAUUAUCCCUUAAUAUUUUACAAAAUGUUUGCUCAGACUCUUGUGUCUUUCGCUGUCUUGGCUCUGUUCAAAAGCGCAUUAGCCAUCAGUGAUGACCUAAAAAGUCAAAUACAAACCAAGUUUCUGACUGUGGGUGCCGAAUGUUUGAAAGAUCAUCCUAUCUCAAUUGACGACGUGGCAUCUUUCAAGAGCAAAGUAUUUCCUGAAGGUGAAAAUGCUGGUUGUUUCACUGCUUGCAUUUUCAACAAACUUGGUCUGAUCGACGAUGAAGGAAAAUUGUCUCACCUAACAGCCUUGGAAAAUGCUAAGAAAGUAUUUGAAGACGAGGAAGAAAUUAAAAACAUUGAAGCUUUUCUGACCACCUGUGCCGCCGUAAAUGACGAAGAAGUCUCAGAUGGGGAAAAGGGUUGCGAUCGCGCUAAGCUGGCUUACAACUGCUUUAUCAAGAAUAUUGAACAGCUCGGAUUUGACAUUGACUUUUAA